AUGUCUGGACGCGGCAAACAGGGCGGCAAGGCUCGCGCCAAGGCCAAGACCCGCUCCUCCCGGGCCGGCCUGCAGUUCCCCGUGGGCCGCGUGCACCGCCUCCUCCGCAAGGGCAACUAUUCGGAGCGGGUGGGCGCCGGCGCCCCGGUGUACCUGGCGGCCGUGCUGGAGUACCUGACGGCCGAGAUCCUGGAGCUGGCUGGCAACGCGGCCCGCGACAACAAGAAGACGCGCAUCAUCCCGCGCCACCUGCAGCUGGCCAUCCGCAACGACGAGGAGCUCAACAAGCUGCUGGGCCGCGUGACGAUCGCGCAGGGCGGCGUCCUGCCCAACAUCCAGGCGGUGCUGCUGCCCAAGAAGACCGAGAGCAGCCACAAGGCCAAGUGAGCAGAUUUUGAUAAUUCCACCAAAGGCUCUUUUCAGAGCCACUCAUAUAGUCCGAAAAGCAGCUGCCGCAUGGAAACCUAAAAACUCAUUUUUAAAAUAAAUGAAGUAUU